AUGCAAGUUUAUCUUAAUGGAUUGGAUGAAGAUCUGUGGAAUUGUAUUUCUGGCAAUCGCAAUCCACCAUCAAAUGUUCAACCACUUGGUUCUUCCUCUGGAAACUCUGAAGUUGAAAAUCAAGCUUAUCGUCUGAAAAAGUUAGAGAAAAGAUGUAUGAGAGAACUAAGAGGAACUUUGCCUCUAGUUUUUUACAACUACGUGAGGAGUUGUAAAACUGCAAAUGAAAUCUGGAACAAUCUCAAGGAAAAGUUUCAGGGAAGUGAGAAGCCGAAGGUUAAUUCUGUCAAACAAUGCUUAGUUGAGCUGAAGGACAUUAGACAGAAAGAUGGUGAAUCAAUUGAAGUAUAUUACGAUCAUCUGAAUGAGUUGAUAUAUCGAUGCAAUCGAUAUGGGAUCACCAGAUCAGCAAUGGAAUUCAAUAUGAUAUUUGUCAUGGGACUUCGAAAGGAAUGGCGGAGUGUGAGCAUGAUGGUGAAGAACCAACAGAGCUUUGACACAUCUACAUUGAAUGACUUGUACAACCAGCUUAAAACUCAUGAAGGCGAAGUGAAUGAAACAACUGAAGAAUCGAAGGCUAUGUUGGGAGGUCCACUAGCUUUGAUGUCAAAGAUUUAUGAGAAAGAUGCUGAGAAAGAUGCUUCGGAUGAAGAUGAAGGGUUCAUCAUGAACUUUGAUGAUGAAGCAAUUACGUUUUACUCAAACAAUCGUGUGAAAAAGUUCUUUAAAAAGCCUUUCAAUCUUAAGGCAAAGUCGUCUAAGAUAAAAGGGAACUUUCUGAUUAAAAAUGUUGGGGAAGAGAAGAAGAGAGAAGAGAAGAAGAAGGAAGAGAAGCAAGAUUCGAAGGCUAUUGAGGGAAAGAGUGAGAAGAAGCUGAAGGGAGAUACUGGGAUUGACUAUCAUUAUUGCAAUGGUGCGAAUCACAUUGCAAGUGACUGUAUGCUUCGAAAGAAAGAUGAGAGGAAGAUGAAGGUGAAAGAUGAGGCAUACUACGCUGAAAAGUUAGAGGAGGUUCGAACGAAAGCUAAGAAUUUGUCUCUAGUUGCAGAGGGCACUGAUGAGGAGGAAGAUGUAUCUUUUGAUGAAACUGUUACCUAUUUCGAUUCAAUUGUGGUAUCUGCUAGCAAUGAGGCUAAGAAGCUGUCAAUGCAAUUGCUAGAGACCCAGAAGAAGUUAGAUUUGAAAAUAUCUAGAAUAGAUUGUCUAGAACUCCAAAUAACGAAUAUCAUGGUAGAUAGGGACAAUUUAUCAAGAGAUAAUAAAUUGUUAUUAGCACAAAGAAAUAUCUACUGUAAUGUUGCUAAGAGAUUAUAUGGAAAAUUAACUCAACUUCAUCAUUCGUGUGAAAUCAGUAAAGAACAACAUAGGAAAUUGCUGCCAUUUUUAGCUUUUAAAAGAACUAAAGUAGAUAACAUUUCGUAUGAUUGUGAAAAAGAGAUAGCUGAUUUUGACAAAGUUCCAAAUGACAAAUAUAGAUAUGGAAUUGUCAAAGUCGAUGAAUAUGAUUCUGACAAUACUAUUAGUGAAAUUAGUGAGCUUGAAGAUGUUGAUUGUUCUCAGUUAACUGUUGUUAAUGUUGCUUCGAAUUCUAAAGGGAAAGAAAAAGUUAAGGAUUUGAUAGUUGAGUAUGAAACUGAUAUACCAUCAACUUCGAAAGUUGGUGAAAUGAACUUCGUGGAUCUCAAAGAUUGUCAAACUGAUGAUAGUGAUGAUGAAGAAGUUGAGAAAGUUUCGAAAGAAAAGGUAUCUUCAAAAGAAGAAGAAAUUCCAAGAAUUGUAGUUGACCAAGUGUAUGGUGAUACACAAAAUUUCGAAGAAGUGAUGAAAGAAAAAGGUUCACAUUAUCUUGAAACAAACACGGUGGUCUUUCCAAAUUUCAAGUGCACAGAUGAUGUCAUUUUUCCAAAUCAAGUCUUCGUAACUAAAGGCAAUGUUAAGAAUAUUAAACCAGAGUUAAAGAAGAUGGUUGAGGAAGAUAACUCAAAAACAACUGAGGAAGUUAAUACAUCCUAUGCUGAUUCUUAUGUUGCCAAACCUAAAGUUGAUUUUGUUCCUCAAAAGCCAAAUUUUCCUAAUUACACAAAGAAAGAAACAAUGAGGACAUCUCGAGAAAAAGGAAUAACUUCAAGGAAAAACAUUGACCAUUGGCUUGAAGGAAAAGGAAAAAUAUAUCAGUCGAAUAAGUAUUCAAAAGAGCAAAUUAAUGAAGCAUACGAAAAGUAUGUCAAUACUUCUUCGAAUGGCAGCUCAUCAUCUAAGGAUUCGAAUAUCUCAGUAAAAGCAUGGAGAGCUGUCUCAAAAGCGAAGACAGUUCAAUCACAAACUCAAGAUGCGAAGGGAGAAGUCAAUGAACAUUCGAAACUAUCAAAUUCUAAUGUUUCAGUUCCUUUAGAUGAUGAAGUGAACUUAAUUGAUAAUCUCAAAACUAAAGUUUGUGAUUAG